AUGUUUUUAAAGGCCAGAAGACUCCAGCCGCCAAGUCCCGUCCAUCAUUGUAUCUUUCUGUGCGUCUGCUGUUUGAAAUUUUUCAUUGCACUCCAUGAGAUGUGUUUUUACAGACUUAAUGGUCCAUUCAUUUAUUUUGUGGGCUUAUCCACAUGGGUGUGUGUGUGUGUGUGUGUGUGUGUGUGUGUGUGUGUGUGUGUGUGUGUGUGUGUGUGUGUGUGUGUGUGUGUGUGUGUGUGUGUGUGUGUGCGCGCUAGGCUGAGAAAUAAGGAGUACAUAGACUGUAGCUGUAGCUCUGAAAGUUUAGCAAAGACAUUCAAGUCAAGAAAAGCUUGA